AGGGCCUUGUCGUGGCUUGGCAGCUUGCGUACCCUGACGACCCCCAGAGCUAUACCAGCGGGAGUGUUAACUCCUGGCAGGUUCAACCAAGCUGGGAAGGUCUGCGCGGGUAGGGGUCAGACCAAAGCUAGCACCCUGGUCCUCCAGGUUGGGGGUUGAGCAUAAGGUCAGCAACCUUAUCUCGUAAAACAAAUUACCCGCUACAGAAACGCAGACAGAGAGAAACAAAGACAGCUCGGACCAGGGGAAAAAUGGAUCUCCCGAUGGAGAAUUUAUGAAGCCGGGUGGUGAAAGCCAAUAUGUAUUGGAAACCACCAGGUCGACCACCAUUAUUUCCACUAGGACCACCAUCAAUAUUGGAGCUUGGAAUGUCCGCACGAUGUUCGAAGCUGGAAAAGCAACCCAAGUAGCAGCAGAAAUGAGACGCUAUAAAAUAGCUAUCCUGGGUGUCAGCGAAUCAAGGUGGACUGGCUCAGGACAAAAAAGGCUGAUAUCAGGAGAGCUACUGCUGUACUCAGGUCAUGAGGAUGAAAAUGCACCACAUACUCAAGGAGUUGCACUCAUGCUAUCAAAUCAAGCACAAAGGGCUCUCAUCGGAUGGGAGGCACACUAAGAGAGGCAGACCAAGAAAGACCUGGAGACGUGACCUGGAAGAAGACACCAAGAAGAUUGGAUACACCUGGGGACAGUUGGAGAGACUAGCCCUGGACAGAGACGUCUGGAAAGCUCUUGUCAGCGGCCUAUGUCCCAAUGGACCUGGACGAAUUCAACAUCUACAUCAUCAACCACUGGAUGCUGAUCCCAGUGGUGCCGAUCAUCCUCCUCUUGUCGUUUCUGGAGAGAAGAAAAAGUUUCCGCCGUGACGUGUGCGAUGGCCGGCCUGGCCUCAUUAUACCUUUCUCUUUCCUGGAUGGAUUUGAUAACCGGACGGCCUACGCCAUGGCUUUCGGUGCCAUCACAAACGACUUAGUGUCCAUGGUCAUCAAGCAGAGAACACAGGGAUUUGACCUUCCGCUGUGGGGACAAGCGCUGUACGUGUAUCUUGAGGCGUUCAUUGGCUGCCUCAACUGUUUUCCCCUCUUCGCUUGUCUCACUACUAAAUAUCGGGCACUGGGAGCCAUCAUUUGUAUUCUGUACUCCGCUGUUUGGCUGUCUCUCAACGUUGUCCAAACGGUCAAACAGGUUAAAGACAUCGACAAUGCAACUUUCUGGUUUGGCGCUCCACCCAACACAGUCACGUCUAAUCUGUCUAGGAUCAGCGCAGUGCUACAAGGUCUGCCUAGUGCGUGUUGCUACAUUGUUCUUAUCGGAUAUUGUUGCUACAUUCUACGCAGAUGUUUUCGUACGAAAAUAUUUCUAAACAUACAUCGCACUCUGACAGUAAAACCUCACCAAGAGGAACAUGUACGUUGGGUGUUUAGGAAAAAUAAAAACAUUAUCACAACGUUUAGUGGACAGAAGACAUUUACAGAACAAAUGAGAGAAGACCGGACACUCAAGUUCUUUAAAAACUACAGCUUCUUUAAAUACCCGACUCGGAUUUUUGCUUUAGUUUUCGUCCAGAUAAAUAUCGUUUACUGGAUGGGUAUGCUGUUUAUUUCCCUAACAAUUCAAGCUGCAUAUGCCCUUCGUGUCAUCUUGCAGGAUCGAGAACAAGUUACACUUGUCUGUCUCUGUGGUGCCUUAUCUUGGCUCGUAUCUGUAUCUAACUCUUUGGUGCACAUCUUCUUCGCCACGAGAAACUACCGCUACCACAUGCUGAAAAUUUACCAAGGGGACAAGUCGUUUUUACCAAAGGUCAGGGGGUCAACGCAGUACACUCUGACUAGCAGCAUGAUCUACCCGGGGUACCAAGCAGCCUUCAUGAUGUGGGGGCUCAUUUUGAGCUUCGGAUUUGUUCUCCUGAUCACGCUAGCAGUCGUGGAGCCUGUCUAUCUCCUAGCCCAGUAUGACAUGCUAGGGCAGGCCGCUGAACAACUAGGGGAACUUCUGAGUUUCCCAGCCACCAUGCUAGCCCUGUUCUACCUACAGGUCUAUAUAAGCAAACGACUUCUCCUUCAGGACAAGGUCAAGGACUCUGAUACCCAACGUCCGCUUAACGUUAACAACCGGAAGUGCUACGAAUUGGUGAACUACUAUUCUUUUUUUACAAACAUUACUGUGGGGUUGUUAACGUGUUUGAUGCGCGUCGCGCUGACUGCUAUUUUUGGAAUAUUUUCCGUCGAUCGGUUGGACAAGACUGUGUUUACUCGAGACAUGGAAGGUUUCGACAAAGGCUACAGGGCCUACGUAGCCAUGCUCGUGGUGGAUAAUGCUCACAACAAUCCCAGCAUGUGUGUUUUCGCGCAUCUGCUAUGGUCAAACACCUUGUCUGAUCGCAUAAGGAACAAGCGCUCUGAUAUAUCCUGUAAUAGCUCCACGCUCCUACCUUCAUCAGAAACGGGCCCAAACUUUCUCGCCUACGGCACAACAGCUUCACUUAUCAAAGAUCUAGCAGGAAAUCAGUGGACGCUUUAUGGAUUUAAGGAGUUUUUGGUGUCUAAAAAAUCAAGAAUCCGUUGGUUUUUGGCUUUUACACUUAUCAAAAACCCACAGCUUUACAGACUUCGUAAAAAAAAUAUCUGCACCUUGAAACGGUAGACAACAGUAUGGUGAUAGAUCUGAUAAUUGAAAAUCUACCACUGAAGAAAGACUGAAAGGAAACGAUUCCUCUUUAUUUUUAUUCUCACAAUUAUGUUUACCUGCAAUU